AUCUGAGUUUCAAAUCUCGAAUAAAUCUCGAAACACACUUGAAUGCUCACUUGGCAGGUAAACAGAUGCGCCACGCGCCCCAACCGCUCCUCUGGUCGCCGCCGGCCUCCGCGGCGGCGGCGAUGUCCCAGCGCCACCCAUCGGCCAGCCCUCAGAUCGAUCGAUCGGCGCUCAAAGUCGGCUUCAGAUCCGAGAACGCUGCUGGCGCCGCCGCCGAUCCCAGCGGCGACGCCAGCAGCUUCCUCUGCUCUCCAAUGCGCCGAGAAGCGACGCGGGGGUGCUCGGCCCGCCGUGGACGUCGAAGGCUCCGCCGGGCGCGCGUCGGCCGGUCCGGUGGCACCCUCUGCGCGCGGCACCUGCCGGCGCCCCGACGACAGCCGUCGCGCCACCGCUGAUGGAGGGGCGGUCGGCGCCGCUGCCGCCCUUCGAAAUGCCCGCUCCGGCGG